AGAAUAGUAAAGUGAUACAGUAUGCGAAGUUGCUGUAAACUACUCAAAACUUAGUUAUACUAUAAUAUUAGUUCAAUAAGACGAUUAGUUAUGUCUCUGCAGGACAGUGACGUGCCCCGUGCAAGCUCUGGUCACGUCACAUUGGUUUGGGCGGGCCCAACGGCCCGUGGGGUCCAUGACGACCUGUGUAGAAGAGGAUAAGGGUACCGCCUAAAAACAGACGCUUUUAUUGGACACACAGUGUUGCUAUGAGCAGCGGGAUGUCCGCAUCAGCGCAUCAGCAGUGGAACCGAAGCUAACUACAAACGCUAUAACAUAACGAGGGAGGAAUCUUUAGGGAGGUGUCGGUGCCGUAUUAUCCGAGAUGAGGAGAGCAUUGCCGCAGUGAGCAAAUAAUCUCAUCAGCGGGCUCUGGAUUGCAUGUCCCUUACAGACGCUGACAUUUAUAAAAAGCAAGGGUACUCGGGUUUGAAGCUGCUAGUGGUUGCUUGGUCAAAGUAGACGUCCGAAAGACCAUUCAUUAAAAUGAUAUUUCAAGGGACAGCUGUGCACUUUAUAGUUUUAUGACGGAUUAAACAACGUGACAACCUCUGUCAGCUAUUGUCAGUCAUCAAAUGAUGUCAAAUGCGUCAGACUAUUGCAGGUGCAUUCAUUCAAGGAGGACCAUGCAAACGGAUGAAUGUCACAAAUGAGUGUCCAGCGAUUCACUGGUCAUGGAAAACUGGACUGGAUCCAACUCUGAGCAGCAGCCUGUGGGCUUUACAGUUCCUUCUGUCCCCUCAAAAAAGACUGUAAUUUAUGAAAAUGGCAAUGAACAUCCCACUCACGCAGACCCCACAUCUACAGCACACAGAGGGGCCAGCGAUCCAACCGCAUACCCUCUAGAUUACAAAGGUCUGGUCCGACAAAGAUUUAUACGCCGAAGUUUGUGGUUCUCUGAGUCAGAGGACCAAGAUUUGGAGAUUUCAGAAAGUGACACCACCAGCAGUCCUGUUAAAAGUAGGCAUAUUGCUGUCCAGAGGAGCUUUAACGUCGAGUGUCAGGUGGGACAGGGGGAAGGUGUAAAAGAGAACUUCACCAAAGAGGCAGAGACUAGUGACGCUGAGGAAAAAAAGGAUGCUGAACCAUCUGAAGCAUCCACGAGUGCGGGGAAAGCUGGGAGUGAUGAGAAUGAGGAAGAGGCCGAAAUGAAGGCCGUAUCCACCUCUCCAGGUGGACGCUUUCUUAAGUUUGAUAUUGAGCUUGGCAGAGGGUCCUUCAAAACGGUUUAUAAAGGCCUGGACACUGAAACGUGGGUGGAGGUGGCCUGGUGUGAACUUCAGGAUCGUAAACUGUCCAAAGCGGAACGUCAGAGGUUUAAAGAGGAAGCAGAAAUGCUAAAAGGUCUUCAGCAUCCAAACAUUGUUCGCUUCUAUGACUUUUGGGAAUCUCCUCUUAAGGGGAAGAAGUGCAUUGUUUUAGUCACUGAACUGAUGACUUCUGGAACACUGAAAACAUAUCUCAAGCGAUUCAAGGUGAUGAAACCAAAAGUUUUACGAAGCUGGUGCAGGCAGAUCUUAAAAGGUCUUCACUUUCUCCAUACGAGGACUCCUCCCAUCAUCCAUCGGGACCUGAAGUGUGACAAUAUCUUCAUCACUGGUCCUACAGGCUCCGUCAAGAUUGGAGAUCUUGGCCUGGCCACUCUAAAAAGAACUUCCUUUGCCAAAAGUGUAAUCGGUACUCCAGAGUUUAUGGCCCCUGAGAUGUAUGAGGAGCAUUACGAUGAAUCAGUAGAUGUGUAUGCAUUUGGGAUGUGUAUGCUAGAAAUGGCUACCUCUGAGUAUCCAUACUCAGAGUGUCAAAAUGCAGCACAAAUCUAUCGCAAAGUUACUAGCGGUGUGAAGCCAGCCAGUUUCAGUAAGGUGACCGUGCCUGAAAUAAAAGAAAUCAUUGGAGAGUGUAUCUGCCAUCACUAUGAGGAAAGGUUCUCUAUAAAGGACUUACUAAAUCAUGCAUUCUUUGCGGAGGACACUGGAGUUAGAGUAGAGCUGGCAGAAGAGGAUGACGGCAAUAAGUCUUCCAUUGCCUUAAGGCUUUGGGUUGAAGACCAGAAGAAACUUAAAGGGAAGUAUAAAGACAGUGGUGCUAUCGAAUUUACCUUUGACCUGGACACAGAAGUCCCUGAAACAGUUGCCCAGGAAAUGGUGGACUCUGGCUUCUUUUUAGAGACUGAUGUUAAGAUUGUGGGUAAGUCUAUCCGUGACCGUGUGUCUCUAAUAAAGUGGAGAAGACAGAGGAGUGCCUCAGCCAGUAAUGGAAAGAUAGAAGAGAGAAGAAUCAAGACUCAGGCACAAAAUCUCCUUCAGGUGCCCUCCACAGGGCCACCAGUUGGUGGACCACCCAGUCUUCAAUCUGAAACAGAGGAGCUACAGACUGAAGCAGUCAGCCUGAUUUGCAGUCCCCAAAUAAGUGCUGCUACAGCUACACCAGACAGCAGUGCAGACUCAACAGUGGUAACAGGCGCUUCAGGUAACCAAGACCGCACCGCUCAGCAAUCCCUAUUUGAGUCCAUUUCCACUGCCCAAAGGGUCUUAAGCCCUCCAGCACAGUUUCCGGCUCAGUUUCCAGAAUGUGCUCAACAUCCAUCUACUGCACACCUGCCUCUGGGGACUCAACAACAACCUGCUCUACAAAUGCCCCAUGGUGUCCCACAACAAACCAUUGGUCAGUUACUCCAUGGGACCCAGCAACAACCUAGUCCUCAGCAACCCCACAGAGCCCAACAACAGCCUAGUGCUCCCAUGAACCAGGCUGCACAAGCACCCCAGCAACAACCCACCGUUCAGCUGCACCAGCAAUAUCAGCAGUCAACUCAACAGCUACAACAAGGGGCUUUUCAGCAAUCUUCUGUACACCUACAUCAUAGCGCCUACCAGCAACCACCUCGACAUGGCAGUAUUCCUGGUGACUCCCAAAGACCUAUGCUAUUCUCUGAUAACUUCACAGGGACCAGGUGUAGCAGCACCUCAUUUCUUGACACAUUACGGAGGAGGACUGACCAUCAAAAUUUGUUAGAACAGCUGCAUCAUCAGACUUACAGCUGUUACAAACCUGAAGCAAGCUCUAAGGAUCAACUGGAUCAGUUGUUGUCUAAAAGUGCCUUCAUAGGUUCCUCAUCAUUCACAAAUGACGGCCAGGCACCAAAUAAUGUUUCUGAAGACACCAGAGCUGAAUAUAGUUCAGAGCAGGUGAAAUUUAAUUCUCAGGCCCAGCCAAUGUUAUUCAGUAGGAGGAACUCUGAUGUCCAGCCACAUUACUGCCAGGCUUGUAAGGCAGUGUUACUGGCUGUAAGGUCAGGGGGUCGAGGGUCUCUCGGUCAUGCCUCUUCCUCCCCCAUCCACCAAAACAUGCCACCUCUUUCCUCAUUAAAACCAUCGUUCCCACCUGAUAUAACUCAUCCAGACUCCAGUACACCAAUCUAUAUGACCCCACAGUCUCCAUAUAUAUCUACGCUGCCUCCAAAGCAAGUUUCUGUUACUAAGAACAUACUAAGUUCAAUACCAGUUCAAGUCACCCCACCUUCUCCAGUCCAUAAAAGCCAUUCUCCUUCACAGAUUCCUGUGACAGCUCUACCUUACACCAUGUCAUCAUUAAGUCACACCACUGCGUUUACCCCUGUCUGUGUAUCUAUACCUUCACCGGUUCACACAUCUUCCCGGCACAUGUCCAUAUCUUCACCAGUCGAUCUACCCUCCCCACUCAGGUCGUCCUCUCCAGUGUCCCCUAUCACUGGAUCACAUUCUCCUAAUUUGAGAGACAGCUCAGAUUUGUCUCACCUCCAUCGCUGUCUAAAUCAUAUCAUCAAUCGGCGAACCAGUUCCCCAGUGCUGACUGACAGGGCACAGGCUAAAGAUGGCUACAGUGAUGCUAGUGUUAGGUUCCUUAUACCUCAGGUCAAAAGCGUAGGUUCUCUGUACGCACCCCGGUCACAUCAGGAAACUGGGUCUUUUUCUGUGCAGGACAGUGAAGCUGGAUCAGGUCUUGUGCCUUCUGCACAAUUGGUUCCAUCCAAGACCAUCUCUGCUCCAGUUACUCCUGUACCGCAUGCUCGUCCACAUAGCAUUCCUGCCUCUGCCCUCUUGGCACAGCAAAACCAGACAACUGUACCACUAGCACAGGAGUUUCAUCUCUAUUUCCAUCCUGAAGCUUUCCCACCUCAGACUUUAUCAACAUUUCAGCCCCUAGUGCAGCCAUCUUCAGAUCCUCAGUCCAUUCCACAGCAUCUAUUACAGUCAACAUCUUCAAUGCUCAGCACCACUAGCCUUCCUUCACAACCACAGCUAAAUGUUCAGACACCCCUUCUCCAGCCUCUACAAAUCGCCACACAGUUUCCUUCGACAUUUCCUCUUUUGCCAGAAGGGGGCACAUCUGCAGGGAUAGAGUCAAUACCUUUCUCCUCAGUCUCUUACUCUUUUCCCUACCCCACACAUACUCCUCCUGUAUCUUCCCCCUACUACUCAGCAAGCCCUAUCACUGCUCCACAUCCCAUACUACCAAUGCAGAAUAUUCCCUGCACGCUAGGAGCAGGAACACCUGUGUCCACCCCUCUGAAUGUUCCUAACCCUAUACCUCUCCUGGCUAUGGCCCUGUCCCCACCCAUGCUUCCUCCAGAGGAACAUCUGCAGCAGAUGUACUCCCCAGUUCCAUCACCAGAAGGUGCCCUUUUCCAAUCUCAACCCCAACCAACACAGUCCUCCCUUCCCAUCCCUAAUCCAGCCUCCCUCUUCCAGCGAGACCCAUCUAUUCCUGAACCUUUUACGGAGGAGUUCCCUCGCCAUGAGGAAAUGCAGACCCUGGCCCCAGCUCACACCAUUGUGUCGCAGAUCCAGUUCCCUCCACAGGAUAGGCAGUCGGAGCCAAAUUUUACCACUGCCCAAGCUCCAUCUGAGACCAUGGAGCCUCCUCUGCAGUCUGCUGGCAUACAGACAGGAUGUGCUGUUCCUGAGAGUACUGGCAAGCAAAUUGCUCCUGCACCAGAGCCCAGCCCAUUUCAGCCCAGCACUGAGGCAACAGCACCUGUAGCUAUUCCAUUCCAUAGUUAUGUAUGUGACAGCCUAAACCAAGAUGCAGGUUCUGGUAAAGAAAUGAGUGACAGCUAUGAGGGACCGACUGGUGGAGGAAAGGGUGAUAGCAAACCUAGAAAGCACCACCGCAGAUCUACUCGUACGCGCUCACGCCAGGAAAAAAUUAACAAGCCAAAGCUAAGCAUGCUAAAUGUUAGUAAAACAGAUGACAAGAUGGUGGAAUGCCAGCUGGAGACACACAAUCAUAAAAUGGUUACGUUCAAAUUUGAUCUAGAUGGAGACGCACCUGAAGAAAUAGCCACUUAUAUGGUGGAAAAUGGUUUCAUUCUACCAAUUGAAAAGGAAAUUUUUAUAGAUCAACUUAAAGACAUUGUUGACAAGGCAGAGGACAUUCUAAGCGAGGACAUGGACGGAGAGAAGACAUUAGAACUUGGGACAAAUCACUUGCAAGGAAACAUUCCUAGGGAACAAGGGGGAGAGGAAAUAAAAGGACAGCAACCUGGGGCCCCCCAGCCUGUUUAUCAGCAAAAUGUUCUGCACACAGGUAAGAGGUGGUUCAUCAUCUGUCCUGUGGAAGAGGCUCCUGUUGCUAGUCAGGAUGCAUCCUCAGAUGGAGGUCCAUCUACACAAUCUCCAUCCACAACAACAGUAACUGAUGGGACAGCUCAGCCUAGUGAGAGUGCAUCAGCCCAGCCACCAGAACCCAGCACAGGAUCUGCCUCUGCAUCAAUGGAUUCAGAAGCCUGUGCCACACCACCUCAAUCUGGAGGGAGUGAUGCUUAUGGGGUUUGGAGCCCCCUUUCUAUGACCACCACUGAUCCUCUGUCUUUGGCUGCUCUUUCCCAAGCUCCCCCUGCCUCACAAGCUGCUGUACUGCCAGUGCAGCCUGCUUCCCAUUCAGAGGAGGGGCCACAUUUAGGCUCCGCCCAGGUCAGUGUGCAACCAUCCUCCCAGCCAUGCAUGGAUCCUCAAAGCUCUCUUUAUGUGGACGAGACCCAGAGUGCCCAAUUAGGCUCAGUUCCCCCCAUGCACACUGCUCAGCAGAUGGCUGAAACUGCAUGUGCUGUCUCCAGGGUGGAGGACGCUCCAUGCUGUCCCUUGGUCAUGCCGCUGUCCCUUGAAGUGAGCAGUGGGGCUGAGAGGUCAUCCUCUGUGAUGCCGCCACCAUCACAAGAGAGUACGUCUGCUCGUGAGCAACUUCACACCAUUACAUCGAGUCGAGUGGAACGCACACAGCAGCCUGUAGUGCUGCAGCAGCCUUUGUCAACUGUGAGUGGAAAUAAGGCACCUUCUUUACCUCAAAGCCCUGCUUCUUCACAGCACCACUUUGUCCCUAGUGAAUCAGAUGGAGAGGCACGUACCAGAGGAGGGUUUGUAGACAGCACUAUUAAGACUCUAGAUGAGAAACUGAGGAAUUUACUGUAUCAAGAGUAUGCUCCCAUGUACCCUUCGGGAAGUGCUGCUGAAACACCUGGUUCUGGCACAGAGUAUGUCCAGUCUCCACAAGGACCAGAGAGUGCAGUGGGAGGGUCAGGAACCAGCACACCUAGUCUUAUUGGAGAGGGACGAUUCAGAGCAGGAGAGCAGUUGCCGCAGAUUCCAGAGCGUGUGGACAGUUUAAGCGCUGUCAGCGACUCUGGGGUUGGAGUUGCUGUGUUAAGGAGACAUGUGAUGCCACACUCUACCUCUUGCUCUGGAUCUAGAAGUCGGUAUAAGAUGGUGCCUAGCUCCACUGACAUACUGUCAGGUCAAGGUCGGAAGCAGCGUAGCCUGAGCAGCACAGCAUCUCCAGCAUACCCUGGGGGAUUUUUGGGAGAAUGUGCAAUGUAUGAAGAGUCGACUGUGUCAGCUACUACAGUCGGCAGGUUCUCAGUGGUGAGCACAGAAGAUGAGAUCACACGCAGGAAGCACAGCAGCAGAUAUUCUGCCCCACCUGACUUUUAUCUGGAUGCCCCCCCUCCUCUGACCAAACGAGGCUCGCUUCCAAGGGCACAGACCUCAGUCUCAGCGGAUGUCACCGUUCACACCCGUUUCAUGUCUUCUGACUCUGGGGCUGAGAGCAGCCCCGCCAAAAUGGCCCCCACAACGCCAUCCCGUCAUCGUAGGUCUGAAAGGAGAGGAAGUGACCUCAUGAAAAGGGCAGUGGCUUUUCUGAGGCGCUCUGGCCGCAGUAGUAGUGUGCAAAGCUCUGAUUCUCCAAGCAGAAAGGGAGCCUAUGUCAGCAGUGACAAUGAUUCAGAGAUGGAGGACUCUGAUAUAAAGAAGGAGCUUCAAAGACUAAGAGAGAAGCAUAUGAAGGAGGUAACUGAAUUGGAGGCCCACCACCGAGAAGAGAUUAAGCUUCUCUACAUCAGAUUAGGGAAGCCUCCUCCUCCAGGUCUUUACAUCUCGCCCACAGUGCCCCCUGCUGGACGCAAGCGCCGGACCAGCAGACACAAACUAAAAGCUGGCAAAUUGCUCAGUCCUCUAGUACAACAGCUGAGAAAUGUUGCCUCGAAAACUAGUGACAGCAGCAAACCUACUGAUUUAACAAAAUCAGCAGAGACUGCCCCAAGCUUGAAUGGGUCUCCUGCCAGGGCUUCUAACUUGUCUGAUGGCAAGGCUUAUUCUGGGACCAGGACUCUACCUUGUUCUGUGUCUGUUCCAGUUCAGACCCAACAGCCCUGCUCUCUCAAAGGAUCUCUCUCCUCCGACAACAUCUACUCUGGUCUUCAGGGAGAAGGACCUGGGCCACACAGCCAGCCUGGCCAAGGCUGGCCUCCUUCUCCCCAGGCGUCUGCGCAGGUCACCUAUAAAUCCAGUAGUAAACCACGCGCUAGAUUCCUCAGUGGGCCUGUUUCUCUGUCCAUCUGGUCAACACUUAAACGCCUGUGUCUGGGUAAAGAACGUGGCAGCAGAUCUGGAACACCAUCAGCUGCCUCUAAUCAGUCCCCAAUGCCUCCUAGAUCCACUCCCCCUCCUCACCAGCCAAUUGGUCUCGCCCAAGCACAGACAAACAACAGCAACAACAAGACAGAUGCUUUCACACAGCAGCUUCAUAGCCUGGUGGAUAACUGGGCAGAAGGGGUGAGGACUCCUUCACGCUCACGCUCCCUCAGUGUAAGACCACAGCCCCUGACCCGAUCCAGGAUCUGGAGCGCUAUAGAGGCUCCAAUUUCAAUAGAAAGAUUGAAUGCUUCUCAGCUGUCUCUUUCAUGGCCGCAGAUUAAUUUCCAUGCCUCUGUGAUGCCAACUGACACUUCACAAGUACUCCAGUGCAAUCUUAUGGAGCCUGGUAACCCUUACAGAAGGAUGCUGACCGCCCAACACUUAAACAUGGACCACUGGCCAGCAAUGACUGCCACUUAUAACCAAGAAGUCUUUGCUUUCACUGCUGUGCACCCUCCCUCUUGGAAAGCACCUUCUUUCCCCAGCGAGGUUCCUAGUUCUAGAAAUAUGACCAUGUAGCUUCACAAUCGCUGUACUUACACUUCUUACUCUGUUGCCAAAAAUACUUAAGAGUUUCUUUAGAGUGCUAGUUAGGCCUAGCAUUGCGCAAUUCUAUCUGUUGCAGUUUUAGCAUGUAGUUGCUUACAAUGUAGUAAUCCCACAUGAACAUGUACAGUAUAUAUUCAGGCCAACAACUUAGGCAUAUGAUCUGUAGUUUACAGUCAUUAUUAUUGUAUAUAUUCAUAAACCCUAUGUAGCAUAGGCAUAUGUACAGAAUGUAUAUUUUUAAUCAAAAUCUGUUUAGCUUGCUAGUGUUUGUGCAGAAUCAACUUCCUUCACACCUUGAGCUGUACACAUAUAAAUGCUAUAAGGUACAGUAAGAUGCCCUUAAAUUUGUGUAGAUAUGUAUAGACAAUGUUCAUACUUCUGUAAAUAUAUGCUCUGUCUGCAUAUGUGCAUAAACCGGACAAGUCAAUGAAAGACUAAUGUUUAGGUCGAUCAAUGUUUUGGGUUGAAUAGUAUCACAUGAUCAUGACAUCACUGUGAAAUUUUCACCGCGUCCUGCAGCGAUCGCUAAUUUCGCUACGCACUAGACAAAAACACAUUAUCGCAUGCUAGAAAAGUAACAACCAAGACCUGCACUGAGAAAAGAGAGAACUUUACAUUUCAGGAGAACAAGCCUGCUAGAGUGCCUUGAACUGACACUGAGGACUGUGCUAUGUACAUUACCGGCCAGUGUACCAAGGGUAAUGGUGACUAAUUUUGUGUUACGAAGCAUUAUCAUGUUUUCCUCACCUUCGGUUUAUGAUGUCCUUUAUGGACAUCUAUAAAAUGCAUUUCAACACUACCUGUUUGUGGUAUAAAUUAGUUAUGACUGUCAUUUUGUUUUGAAGGUAUGUGGAUUCUUUUUGUUCUCUACAUUAUCUGAUACAGUAAAAAAAAAAUCACAUUGGCCUAGAGCAAAAAGGGAAGCAAGAUUUGUUUUCAAAACUAUAAGAACUGUAAAGUUGUUUUUCUGAAUCUAAAAAACUAAUUGUACAAUUAAUGAGCUGAAUGCUCUCUACUGUUAUGGCCAUAUUUGCAGUUACAGCAAUCACAUAGCACAUUGUCAUUAUUUAGGUCACACUGCUACUGUUUUUUAAUAAAAUAUCCUAAUACUGGA